GUGCAAAUAGGAGCGAUUCAGACUGACGGCAAAUAUUCCGUUAGUCGGAUCCCAUUUUGGAAUAGAUAAGCUUCAAAUGGGUAAGCUUGGCGUCCGCCCACUUCUUUGCCUCCGCCGCCGCCCACACCCCAUCGGAGAACGCCGGCGGCACCUUUAUCCCCUCCACGCCGUCCCCUCCGCCUCCACGAGGACAAUCUUUGUAAGCAUUUUCGCCGCCUGCUGCUCUGAAGGGUGUUCGCUAGCCCAGUUAUCACUGCCGGUUUCGCUGGAACUUCUUGGCGGGGAGACGAUAAAACAGAAGAAAUCUGAGGCAAGAAGCGGGCCGCCGGAGGGUGUUUCAGAUGAAGUUUUCGGAUUGGUACCUGAAGAUCGCUGCGGUAUCGGCGGCGUGUGGAGCCGCGAUGGAGCUCUUCAUGAUCCACACCGGCUUCUGAUGAUGGGGUGCUCUCAUUUUUGCAGAUGAUAAGGUAACUGUUCUGGAGUCAGAAAAGCGAGCAUGGGAGAGCUCUCCUGAAGCUCAAGCUAUCAAAGAAGCCCUUAAUCCAUGGAGAAAGCUUGAUGAAGAAUCUGAAAAACCCUCAUAAUGCAACAAAUGUCAAAGGUGUGGCCCUGUCAAUUGACAUAAUGCCUUAGGUUGAGCAGUUCCCAUACGUUGGAAUAAAAUAGAGGUUUGUUUGUCUGGAGCAUAGAUUUCACAUCAACUCAUUUGGUUUGUAUUUCUCAAAAACCAGUUUAUAUUAAAACAACAUAAAAAUAAUAAUAAUUACAAUUUUCCAUUCAAAAGAUCCAUCUUUAUUAAGCUCCAGUUGAGCAUAUUUUUUGCCAACAGAGUUCAGCUCUGAAAAUUACUUAGUAGAUUCAAACAUAGAUGUGUCUAUGAAACAGUGAUGAGGUAUUUGAGGACUUCUUGCAAGUUGAAGACAUUAUAUCGUAGAAUUGAGUUU